GUAUCUCACUAUUUUGUAGUCUUUCGUAGCAGUAAUGUUAACGACGUCGUUUAGCAUAAGCAUCGAAAAACUUGAGCCGGCUCCGUUCGCUGCCUUUUCAUUUUCGGUGCUCUCUCGAGUCUGUUGCCUAGUCUCCUAGCUAACUCGGUGCUCAGGGAUUGGGCUACACUUAUUUCGAAGUCUAUUUCAUCUGGGGAGAGGAAACUAUGCAAUUUUUUGGUGGAUCAGAUAUUAGUCCAUCGCCACCGGCACCAACAGCUUCAGGGAACAAUGCGCACAUGAUGUAUGUGUUCAAUAGGAAUGGGGUGUGCUUGCUUUACAGGGAGUGGAAUCGUCCACUUCAUACCCUCAAUGCGCAGCAGGACCAUAAGCUUAUGUUUGGUCUUCUUUUCUCCCUCAAGUCGCUAACUGCCAAGAUGGAUCCCACGAGUGCGGAGAAAGGAAACCUUGGGAUGCCUCAGUUACCUGGCCAAGGUUGUUCAUUCCACAGCUUUCGUACAAAUACAUACAAACUUAGUUUCAUGGAAAGUCCUUCCGGGAUAAAGAUUAUCUUGGUUACUCAUCCCAGGACUGGUGAUCUACGCGAAUCCCUAAAGUACAUUUACAACUUGUAUGUUGAAUAUGUUGUCAAAAAUCCCCUCUAUACUCCUGGAACUCCUAUCAGGUGUGAGUUGUUCAAUACAUCUCUGGACCAAUAUGUAAGGAGCAUAGCCUAGUACGUCAAGUUAAAUUCAAUUUCUGUCAUCUGGCUAUACACUCAAUCGAAGCCUGGCUCCUAGUGCACCUGAAAUUUCGAAAGGUGUGAUGGAAUUGCAGUUGUAAAUCCUUUUCGUUCAUUAACUGAUUGAUCAACUUUGUGCCAGUGUAAUCUUAAACUGAGUUUGUCCAUCCUUUUCUUUAAGACGUAUAUGGUUCCUUUACGUAUUCCAUCAUUAUGAUUUAAGAAACCCUUUUCUGUAAGAAAUAUCAGGCUUAUUUUGUGAGUGCCGCCGCUGCUGCUGCUGCUGCUUCUU